UAGUCACACUUUCUUCAAUUGUUGGUAUAAUUGAUUUCAGGUUGGUUCAAUGUCUUAAACCCUAAACCCUACAUCUAUCAGGUGGGUUCACUCGUCUACAAUCUACAUCAUCCUCUAAUUUUUGUUUCAAAAUUAAUUAUCCGUUCAUUCUUCUUCCUCAUAUAAACCCAGAAACCACUCUUCUAAACCCUAAAUUUCUCUCUAUAGCGAUGAACAAAACAGUCGUAAGAUAUAUUCUUUCUCGUUCCAAUCAUCUUCUUAUCCAAUUCUCCACCAAUUCAUCUCUCAAUCGUUCUCUUCUCGACACAGUUUCCACCUGUAGCCGUUACCUCACCACUAGGUUUAUCUCCACUCCUCCGCCGGAUGAAAUGUACGGCUUCGACGAACCUUUCUCACUUAACGAGCCCCGGGAAGUUGUGGGUUUGACUAAAGACCACUCCUUUUUGCUUGAUUCUCUUGCUGACUCUCCAAAGACCACCACAACUGAAUCAUCACCUUCCAUCGAUGCUAUAGCCAUUGCAAACACUGUCUCUCGCGGCGACGGCGUGUUCGGGAGCAACUCCCAGAAGCUCCUUAGGCAAUUCAGAGAGAAACUCAACGAGAGCUUGGUGAUCGAGGCGUUGCGUUUGAUACAAAAACCCUCUGACGUCAUCAGCUUCUUCGUUUGGGCAGGUAGGCAGAUAGGUUACAAGCACACACCGCCAGUGUACAACGCCUUGGUAGACUUGAUUGCACUUGACAAUGACGAAAAAGUACCCGAAGAGCUUCUCCACCAGAUCAGAGAAGACGACAGAGAAACGCUGGGGGAAGUUUUGAACGUGUUGAUAAGGAGACGCUGCAGAAACGGUUCGUUCAGCGUAGCUCUCGAGGAGUUAGGGAGGUUGAAGGAUUUUAGGUUCAGACCUUCGAGAGCUACUUAUAACUGUUUGAUCCAGGCGUUUCUUAGCGCUGGUAGUCUGGACUCUGCUUCUUUGGUUCAUCGGGAUAUGUCCCUAGCGAAUGUGGGUGUGGAUGGGUUUACGCUUCGUUGCUUUGCUUAUUCCCUCUGUAGAGUAGGCAAGUGGAGGGAAGCUCUAGACUUGGUGGAGACUGAGAAGUUUGUUCCUGAUACUCUGUUCUAUACGAAACUGAUAUCUGGUCUGUGCGAAGCCUCGCUUUUUGAAGAGGCUAUGGAUUUUUUGAAUAGGAUGCGAGCUGAUUCCUGCCUUCCGAAUGUGGUGACGUAUUCUACUUUGCUGUGUGGAUGCUUGAACAAGAGGCAGCUCGGUAGGUGUAAGAGGGUGCUUAGUAUGAUGAUGAUCGAAGGUUGUUAUCCGAGUCCCAAGGUUUUUAAUUCUCUUGUGCAUGCGUAUUGCACGGCGGGUGAUCAUUCGUAUGCGUAUAAACUGCUCAAGAAAAUGGUUCAGUGUGGUCACAAGGCAGGGUAUGUUGUGUACAAUAUAUUGAUUGGGAGUAUCUGUGGUGGUGGGAAAGACUCGCUUAGUGGUGAUCUUUUGGAAUUGGCUGAGAAAGCUUACGGUGAAAUGCUUGCUGCAGGGGUUGUUCUUAAUAAGAUUAAUGUCAGCAGCUUCGCUAGGUGUCUUUGCGGUGCUGGCAAGUACGAGAAGGCGUUCGGUGUCAUCCGUGAAAUGAUCGGACAGGGGUUUAUACCAGAUAACAGCACCUAUUCCAAAGUCCUUGGCUACUUGUGUAACGCUUCGAAAAUGGAGAUGGCGUUUCUGUUGUUUGAAGAGAUGAAAACUCGCGGCCUUGUUGCUGAUGUCUACACGUAUACUAUCAUGGUGGAUAGUUUCUGUAAAGCUGGCCUCAUUGAACAGGCUCGUAAGUGGUUCGAUGAGAUGAGGAAGGUUGGUUGUGCACCUAACGUCGUCACAUAUACCGCUCUUAUCCAUGCUUAUCUCAAGGCUAAGAAGGUCGGUUAUGCGAAUGAGCUGUUUGAAGUGAUGGUUUCCGAGGGGUGUGUCCCCAAUAUUGUUACGUACUCCGCCUUAAUCGAUGGCCAUUGCAAAGCUGGACAAACGGAGAAAGCUUGUCGGAUUUUUGAGAGAAUGUGUGGCAGCAAAGAUGUUGUUCCGGAUGUAGAUAUGUACUUCACGCAGCAUGACGAUGGUGAGCGACCAAAUGUAGUCACGUAUGGAGCUUUAGUAGAUGGUUUCUGCAAGUCGCAUAGGGUAGAGGAAGCUCGUAAGUUGUUAGAUGCUAUGUCGACGGAAGGUUGCGAGCCGAAUGAGAUUGUGUACGAUGCUCUCAUCGAUGGACUCUGUAAGGUAGGGAAACUAGAGGAAGCGCAAGAAGUGAAAACCGAGAUGUCUGAGCAUGGAUUCACCGCAACUAUAUAUACUUACAGUUCUUUGAUCGAUCGUUAUUUCAAAAUGAAGCGGCAAGAUUUAGUCUCGAAAGUGCUGUCGAAGAUGCUCGACAGCUUUAAGCCCAACGUGGUUAUAUACACCGAGAUGAUCGAUGGCUUAUGCAAGGUUGGUAAAACCGAUGAGGCUUACAAGCUUAUGAAAGUGAUGGAAGAGAAUGGGUGUGAGCCAAACGUUGUGACGUAUACGGCGUUAAUCGAUGGGUUUGGAGUGAUUGGUAAGAUAGAGACGUGCCUUGAGCUCUUAGAGCGGAUGGGAACCAAAGGCGUUGCUCCAAACUAUGUUACUUAUAGGGUGUUGAUAGGUCACUGUUGCGAGAACGGUGUGUUGGAUGUGGCUUACAGUCUUUUAGAAGAAAUGAAACAGACGCAUUGGCCUACACACGCCGCAGGGUAUCACAAAGUCGUUGAAGGAUUCAGUAAAGAGUUCGUAGAGUCUCUUGGGCUUCUAGAUGAGAUAGCUCAGGAUGAUACUGCCCCGUUUGUUUCUGUGUAUAGGCUUCUGAUUGAUAAUCUUAUUAAAGGUGAAAGGUUGGAGAUGGCUCUUAAGCUGCUUGAAGAGGUUGCAACAUUGUCACCCACGUUGGCUAACUACAGUGAGACUUAUAAUAGGUUGAUUGAAAGCCUUUGUCUUGCUGAUAAAGUGGACAAGGCUUUUCGGUUGUUCUCGGACAUGACGAAGAGAGGUGUUAGUCUGGAUAUGGAAACGUUCUGUAGUCUUAUCAAGGGACUUUUCCGAAACAGGAAGAUCAGUGAAGGACUUUUGCUUCUGGAUUUUGUAUCUCAUAUGGAGAUUCAGAACAUAGAAGAAAAUAAAGCAUCUGAUGGAGGUUAGGCUUAUUGAUCCAUAUGAUGUCUUCUAGUUCUGAUCUGAUCAGUUAGAUGGUGCAUUUGAUACUGAGCAUCCUCCUAAGUCCAAACCUGAGAUUUCCAAGGUUGGAGUAGCCUAGUCAAGGUUGGGCGCUAUGGAUAACGUUUUGGGAAUGCAUGAGGGGGCACUGGGGUUUUGGACCAAAAUCCUUGGGGUUCUUCUUUGUACAUGAUGUGUAAAUUUGUACUUGUAAUGAUCCUCGGAUAUUAUUGACCUGAUUUUGAACACUCACAACUGCAUCAAUGUAUGGUUAAGAGAGAAGAUAGACGAAAGUAUAGUUUUGAAGGUGCAAUAUAGGUGUCACAAAAGGCUUGCGCAAAAAUCUUGUUUGGAUUCAACAUUAACAAGAAAAACCGUUUUGGCUGGUAUAUGUUUUCUUACAUGUGGAAUCAAGCGCUACAGAGGAUUAGAUAAUAUCCAUUGUGCCUUCGGUUGUUCUUGUUUUUUUUUGGUGAGCUAAAUAUAUAUAAAGAAUUCGAUUUGAUCUC